GUGUUUUCCUCUUCGUUCCCUACAGCUGGCAGCCUUGCCGUAGGACGUUUUAUCUCAACCUUGAUCGAGCAUUCCAUAUUCCUCAUUGAGAGGGUUGUAAAUCUACUCCGGUCGUGAUACAUUCGUGCCCAAACAAACGAGACGUAGCGUAGGAGGACCUUUCACUUAAACCAUGGCAUCAGAGGAAAGUUUUAAAAUAGCUUCGCUGAAAGACAAAGUGACCCUCAUUACGGGAGCCAGCUCAGGGAUUGGGGCGGCCACUGCCGUAUUAUUUGCCAAGCUUGGUGCUCGGCUGGCACUCAAUGGCCGCGAUGUGGAAAAUCUGGAAAAAGUUGCCAAACUCUGCACAGACAGCGGUGCUGUUCAGCCUCUGAUCGUGGCUGGGGACCUUACUAAUGAGGAAACAGUGAAGACAACAGUCGACAAGACUCUUGCCCACUUUGGCCAGCUUGACAUCCUUAUAAAUAGUGCAGGAAUCUUGGCCAUGGGCAGCAUUGAAACCACUGACUUGGAACAGUAUGACAAAGUCAUGAAUGUCAAUGUAAGGUCGGUCUAUCACCUGACACACGUAUGUGUGCCUCAUUUAAUCAAGACCAAAGGCUCUAUUGUGAACGUAUCCAGUGUCAACGGCCAGCGAUCGUUUCCGGGAGUCCUUGCCUACUGCAUGUCUAAAUCCGCCAUCGAUCAGUUCACCCGUUGCACAGCACUUGAAUUGGCUGCGAAGAAUGUGCGGGUCAAUUCUGUGUGCCCUGGAGUGAUUAUAACAGAAGUUCAUAAACGUGCUGGCUUAAAUGAAGAGGAGUAUGUCAAGUUCCUGGAGAAGUGCAAGGUGACCCAUGCCCUCGGACGACCAGGGGAAGCAGACGAGGUGGCACAUGCCAUCGCCUUCCUCGCGUCCGACGCUGCGACCUACAUCACGGGAGUCAACCUACCAGUGGACGGGGGCCGCCACGCCAUGUGCCCAAGAUAACAGGCGUCCCAUGAGGAAGGAACCAGGUCUGAAAAGGGGACAUCUGAUGAGCCAUUCUCCAUUAACAGGUCAUCAUGAAAGGGUACUUUGAAGAGUUUACUGUAAUUUGGUUUCAUCUUCAUCAUACAUUUCCCCAAUAAGGCCACAUCAUCAUGCACAUCAAGGAAAGAGAGGGCCUCCCUCAAACAAAAAAGUAGGAACUGAAAUGUGUGAAUUGCUUAAUUGUUUUGACGAAUAAGGUCAAAAUAGUGAUCAUACUACAAUUUCAUGACUUACAGACCAUGAAUUUCAUGAAUUGUGUGUAUAUAUAAUCUUGCAUUGUUCUGAUAUGGCAGCAAUAUUGCAUUACAAUGGUCCAUCCUCAACUAACUGCUCAAAUAAGUUAUAAUCUUCUUUAGGUCCGUGAUCUGCAAAGAUGAAUGGCAAUUAGAGGUGGAUAGUCCUCCCUUAAAGGGGAUGCCACUAUUUUGGGGCUUAAUACAGUUAAAAUCGUUGGCUGGGGUUUAUAAAAGUGGUAAGAUAGUGAAAGUCAAUGCAUCCGUGUAGCAUGCUACAAUGCUACACGGAAUCAUUGACUUUCACUAGCUUAGCGACAUAUUUCCUCUUUUAACUUCUCUUAAAGCAAGACAAUGCUUAACAUGAAAAAUAAGACACUUAACCACCUUUAUAAACCCCAGCCAACGAUUUUAACUGUAUUAAGCCCCAAAAUAGUGGCAUACCCCUUUAAAGAUGCGUAAGAUUGUGGCCAGAGUAGGUAUUGUAACUAUGCUGCUCAUUGAAACUGUGCUGCCUAUUGUCAGAUUUGAUCUUUUAAUGAAUAUUUACUGCGGAAUAAACUCAUGUUUACUAGUAUGACCAAAGUACAGUAAGUUUACUGCUAAAAAUGUCAAUUUCUGGAAAUGGCGGACAUGGAGAAGAUUCACCUUUUCAUGUAUUUAAGGUGCAAUUUUUCCCAGACAUAAUGAAUACUGAACAAUUAAGUGGGUGCUACAGUGCUACAGUGAUCCAUUGACUUUCACUAGCUUAGCUACAUACUCCCUCUUUUAACUUGUCUUUAAGCAAGACAAUGCUUAACAUGAAAAAUAAGACACUUUACCACCUUUAUAAACCCCAGCCAACAAUUUGAACUGUAUUAAGCCCCAAAAUAGUGCCAUACUCCUUUAAUGAAGGGAGUUUGUGUUGAGUACAUGAGCAAAGACUCUCAGUAG